AGGGGAACAGGAUAUUAUUGAUGUGCUUCAUGACAUUGAAGACAGGAACCUGAAGGAAUAUUUUUGUGUUCAAUAGAUGUUCAUAUUUUAUUAGAAGUUGAUUCGGGACAGAUCGGACUAACGCAUCCCAUUGCACCCUCCAUCAUCCAUCCAUCAUGAGUUCCUGGGUUGUGAACAGGAAAGGAGGGCUGCGGUACUGCCACCACUUCCUUACAGACAACAGCAUCUUUCAUGUGGAGCGAUGUAUGAGUGCCAUGCAGUCAGGGACCCAGAUGGUGAAGUUGAAGGCUGGUUCCAAGGGGCUGGUGAGACUGUUCUACCUGGACGAACAUCGCUCCUGUAUCCGAUGGAGACCCUCACGCAAGAGCGAGAAGGCCAAGAUCACCAUUGAUUCGCUGUACAAGGUGACGGAGGGCCGUCAGUCAGACAUCUUCCACCGCCAUGCGGAGAACAGUUUCGACCCAGCCUGCUGUUUCACCGUUUAUCAUGGCAACCACAUGGAGUCCCUAGACCUGGUGACCUCUAACCCUGAGGAGGCUCGGACCUGGAUGACAGGAAUACGAUACCUGAUGGCUGGCAUCAGUGACGAGGACUCACUGGCCAAACGACAACGCACACACGACCAAUGGAUGAAGCAGACGUUUGAGGAGGCUGAUAAGAACGGGGAUGGUCUGUUGAACAUGGAGGAGAUCUACCAGCUACUGCACAAGAUGAACGUCAACCUGCCCCGCAGGAAGAUCAAACACAUGUUCCAGGAAGCGGACUCGGAUGACCAACAGGGCACGUUGACAUUUGAGGAGUUCAGUGUGUUUUAUAAGAUGAUGUCACUGCGGCGGGACCUGUAUCUGCUGCUCAUGGGAUACAGCGACAGGAAGGACCACCUGACUGCUGACGAGCUGGCCAACUUCCUGCUCAACGAACAGAAGAUGGUGAAUGUGACUACAGAGUACUGUUUGGAUGUCAUCGAAAAGUUUGAGCUGUCUGAAGAGAACAAACAGAAAGGCAUUCUGGGAAUUGAGGGUUUCACCAGUUUCAUGCGCAGUCCCACGUGUGAUGUGUUUAACCCUGAACACCAUGAAGUGAACCAGGACAUGGAUCAGCCUCUGAGUAGCUACUACAUCUCCUCGUCUCAUAACACCUACCUGACGGGAGACCAGCUGCUUUCUCACUCCAAGACAGACAUGUACGCCUGGGUACUACAGGCUGGCUGCCGCUGUGUGGAGGUGGACUGUUGGGAUGGUCCUGAUGGAGAGCCCAUGGUCCAGCAUGGUUACACGCUGACCUCCAAGAUCACCUUCAAGUCUGUCAUAGAGACCAUCGACAAAUACGCCUUCAUCAACAACCAGUACCCAGUGAUCCUGUCCAUAGAGAACCAUUGUAGCAUCCAACAACAGAAGAAGAUAGCCCAGCACCUCAGAGAGAUCCUGGGAGACAAGCUGGACCUGGGAGAGGCUCUCCGCAGAGACUCUAUACAGCUACCCAGCCCCCACUGUCUACAGGGGAAGAUACUCAUCAAGGGGAAGCGUCUCCCUACCUACCUGUCUGUGGAUGUUGAGGAGGGGGAGGUGUCAGAUGAUGACGACAGUGCUGAUGAGAUUGACGACAACUUUAAACUGAAGAACAGCAAUAGUAAUGGUAACCACCAAGUGGAAAGUUACAUCAGGAAGAAGCUGGACUCUCUGUUGAAGGAGUCUCAGAUUGGAGACAAGGAGGACACAGACAGCUCCAGCAUCAGAGCUCUGCUCAGAGCCACACACGUGGGCCUGCAGAAGAACCUACCGAAUCCCAAAGAGGGACUUAAAAAAUCCCAAAGUCGAUCAUUCAUCAGCAACAUCAAGCAAAAGAGACACUCUAAAUCCAGGCUGAAGUCCCAGAGUACGGAUGGAGAGGAGGAAGGACAGGAGACCUCUGGGAGAGAGGCGGGAGGACAGAUCACCAGGGGAGGGAGGAAGAGGAAGACGAUGAAGCUGAGUAGAGAUCUGUCAGACCUGGUUGUUUUCACUAACUCUGUGGCCUCUCAGGAGGGACUGGACGACAGUACUCCGGGGAAUGUUCUGUCGUUCAGUGAGACUCGUGCCCAGCAGCUAGUGAACCACAGAGCUGAGCGCUUCCUGUGUUUCAACCAGCGACAGCUGUCUAGAAUCUACCCGUCAGCCUACCGUAUAGACUCAUCCAACUUCAACCCUCAGCUCUACUGGAACGUGGGCUGUCAGCUGGUGGCUCUGAACUACCAGACGGAGGGCCGGAUGAUGCAGCUGAACAGAGCCAAGUUCAUGGUGAACGGUGGCUGUGGUUACGUCCUCAAACCUCCACCCAUGUGUAAAGGCUCGUUCAACCCGUUCAGUGACGACCCCCUCCCUGCCUACCCCAAGAAACAGCUGGUGCUGAAGAUCAUCAGUGGACAGCAGCUUCCCAAACCACCAGACUCUAUGCUGGGGGACCGAGGAGAGAUCAUUGACCCGUUUGUAGAGGUGGAGAUCAUCGGCCUGCCAGUGGACUGCUGCAAGGAGCAGACUCGAGUAGUGGACGACAAUGGUUUUAACCCUGUGUGGGAGGAGAACCUGUCCUUUACCCUCCACAUGGCGGAAGUGGCUCUGGUGCGUUUCCUCGUCUGGGACCACGACCCCAUCGGACGGGACUUUGUGGGCCAGAGGACAGUCGCCUUCAGUAGCCUGAUGCCAGGUUAUAGACAUGUGUACUUGGAGGGGUUGACUGAGGCGUCAAUCUUUAUCCACGUAUCAGUUCAUGACAUCUAUGGGAAGGGUCGUCAGCUGCGAGGCAUCAGAGGCUUGUUCAACAGGUCCUCUAAGUCGUCAGUAGACACCAGCUGUGGUUCGGCCCUCAGGAAACGCUCCAUCAGUGACCACCUCCUCCGACGCACCGCCAGCGCCCCCGCCAACCGACGCAAGAAAACCAAGAUGAAGCUCGCUGAGUCCUCCACCUCCAUAUCGGACCGCAAGGCCUCCAUAUCAGACAGCAAGGACAGAGUGUGGGCCGGGGCAGGGGCUGGGGCGGAGGGGUCCCGGAACAGGGAAAGGGACAUGGAGGGGGUAAUGGUGGAAAGAUGCCCAACACCCCUCACCCACAGGCCCAUCUCCAUGCCCCUGGAGAGACUACUGCAGGGACAGCUCUCCCUCUGCUCCCCCAACCAGGAGCAGACUGACCUGGGUGCAGACACACUCAUCGGAACCUCCCCCUUUAACCAGCCCAGGUCCCACUCUGUGGAACUCAUCGUCGAAUCAUUUGCCUCACUUGAGCACAAAGUGUCCACCCCUUCCACCAAUCACAACAACGCACAGGAUAACACCACAGAGUCUGACCAAUCCGAUGAGACCUACCUGGUCAUUGGCCGAGGAGGAGGAACUGUAGAUGAUGACUCCAAAGACCAAUCACAGGACAGAGUCAACCCACCCAGUAAAGCUGAGGAUGUUUCUUCUCGCCAAAGGACGUUGUGUCACCUCAGCAGCUCAACAGAGACAGAGAGCAACUGUUUACACGUACCUACUGAGAGCAGACCAGAGACAACAUUACUUAGUACAACAAACACACCAGCUACUUCCUCCUCUCCUUCAUCCUCUUCCCCUGAGCCCCCCAUCUCCCUACUGAAUGUGGACCGGUCCGAUCUGCAGAGCCCCGUCCCCCUACAGGACAGCAUCAUCUCACAACUCAUUGACACCGUAUCCCUUGGCAACGACACCACCUACGGGUCUAUUUCCGCUCUGAUUGGUCAGUUUGACAUCACCGGCGACCAGAAUGAUUUCACAAUGAACUCUGACCCCCACGCCCUCAGUGUCAUGUCCUGUCUGUCCCAUCCUGCUGUCUGGGACUCCAGCACACCCUAUAAGGUCACCAUAGACUAUACCACCCGAUAUAAUGACCCACAGACCACCACCUCCCCCCGCAAGGCAAUGAACGGACCUAUCACUCCUCGAAAGGCAAGCCAGACCCCUAACCACGCAAGCCAGAACCUACUCCCACCCCACCCCAAGACCUCCCACACAGACCCCUCUGCCCCCCUUCUCUUCUCCAGUCCUGAGACCACGGAGCUGGAAGAGGUCUAUACCAUCCUGGAUGAGGAGGUCUUGUCUCCAGUCUCUGUCUACAACCUGAGGAAGCAGACCAUCGGCAACAGCCAGGCUGACUCUGAGGAGAGCACACCCAUGGGCAGCCUGGAGCCUUCCCCAGCCAAGGUGCCGCCUCUCCUGGGGGUAGAAGGCAAUGGCAGCUGGGUGGGCUCAUGGAGGGGUGUGGUGGAGGAGACAGGAGAGGGCUACGGGGGUGACUGUGAUCCUAAAGGGUUGGGGUCAGUGGGAGAGUGGGGGUUGUCGUGGGGUUACGGGUUCCCGUCCAACAACAGCACAGUAUCUGACCAAUUCCUGUUGUGCCAUGACACGGAAGGAAGUAGUCUGAUGGAGGUGGAAAUUAACGUGGACGAGGAUCCACUGGAGAUGACCCUGACAUUACCGAGACACAACCAUACCUGGGGCGCUACCAGCCCAACCAAAUGCUACGCUGCUCCCCAAAGCCAGCUUACCCAACUAUACCCCUAUCCCCGGCAUGCACCCCAACUCCAGCUCUCCCAGUGUCCUUCACCCCUCAAACAGCCCUCACACCAGCCCUCCCCUCGCCAAGCCCCAUCAAUAACCCCUCAAACUCAGCCCUCCCCCUGCAAAGGGCCCCCCAUCCCCAGCCCCCUCCUCCUGAACAGCCACUCCUCCACCCAUUGCAAACACAUUACAAGAGCCUUCACCCAGCAGCACAGUUACAGUGGUCCCACCCAGUCCCAGACCAGGGGCUACCAGGGUGGGACAGGGGAAGGACAGGGUCAGGGAGAAGCGUCAGCCUGCUUCCAGAAUGUGUUCUCCUCCUCAGGGUGUCUGUCUGUUGUGUCUGGUCCAAGGUUUGUUAGCCUCCCCAGAGACAGAGGCCUGUACUCCCUCAGCUCAGACUGUAGUGUGGACUACAGCCAGCAAGACUACGACUGCUUCAGACCCUCCACUGCCUCGGCCUCCCACUACACCCAGCCCCAACCCCAGCCCCAAUCACACACCCAGCCCCUUCCCCAGGCCCAACCCCAACCCAAAUCAGACACCCAGCUCCAACCCCAACCCCAAUCAUAUACCCAGCUCCAACGCCUGACCCAAGCCCAACCCCAAUCAGACACCCAGCCCAAGCCACAAACCCAGCUCCAACCCCAAUCUGGUCGCCCAUCACUGCCCCUUUUGGGCUCCACCCUCACCCCUCCUCUACCUAUCCUCAGACCAUCCACAGCCCCCAGCCCCUGCAAGUCCAAGUCUCUGGGUGACCUGACAUCAGAGGACAUCUCCUGCAACUUCCACAGCAAGUACAACAUUAUCAGCCGCAGCUUUAUUACCCCCUGUAUGAAGGAGCGGAGGAGGAUGAGGGGCCUGGGGGGUCUGUCUCAACGGCUGCAGUCUGCAGACCCCCUCACUGAGCAGUUACGCAAACUAGUCACCCUAGAGGGGGAUGACAGAGACCGGGACAGACCCCAGUCUCCCCAGCUUACCCAGUUACCUCAGUUACAGAUACCCCCCGAACCCUUCAUACCCCCAUCAGGCUCCUGCCGCUCCUCAAACUUUGUCCCUGACUCCCAGGAGGACUCCCCGCCCCUCCUCCAUCGCCGUCUCUCCUCUCGGAGCCAGAGCCGUGUGCGUCACAUCAACAAUCGCGCUCGAGAGAGGCAGCGGGAGGCUCUGAAGUCCCGGGACAUGAGCGCCCCCUCCAGCGUGGGAGGGGUAGUGCUGCGUGCUAAAGUAGCAGCAGGUCAGAACCCCCCAGCUAACAGACACUCCACAGGCUCCUACAUAGCGGGCUACCUGGACCAGCUGGAGGACAGGGGUCUGCCUGAGGGGGGGUGCACCACACUGGGGUAUGGAUUUGGAGAUCACUAUGGUGAUCAUUAUCAUGAUGACUCUUUGCUGCCCACAGACUUCUGUAUACAAUCAGAACCGGAGGUCUACUUCCUGCUCAGACUCUGAACCCACUUCCUGGUUAUCACCUACAUAGAAUGAUGUAUAAUGUACUUCCAAAAUGCAGCAAAUCAGCUUCCUACUUAGGACAGAGGAAAAAAACAUAUAUCCUGGUUGGGCUGUCCAGUAAUACUUUCAGAUAUAAAGUCAACUACCUGAUUGGGUCUGACAGUCUUGACUGUAAAUGUAAAUGUUUUUUGUUCUUCUUCAUGUCCUGAUCAGAAUGUUCUUUAAAUGUAGUUUGGAACAGACUGUUAUUAAACUACUUCCUACUUUGAUUGUACCCAUUUCCUGUCCUGUCUGUUCCUGUAAUUCUACUUCCUAUUCAAGCUAACGCCAUCUACUAUAAAGCAGAAAAUAAGGAAACUUUACAAAUGUGUUUAACUCUGAAGGGAAGUGUUGUCUUGGUCUUUGUACAUUUUAAAUGUGUAUUAGUAUUAUCAGAGGCCCACAGACAUCAAUGCAAUGUCUAUUCCACGUUAGUUCAACAUUGAAAUGACGUGGAGACAAUGUUGAUUCAACCAGUGUGUGCCCAGUGGGGGACGGACCACUUUUAAGGGAUGGGAUCUGUUUCAUCAAAGAUCUUCCUCAAGUGUUCCUUCUCCUCUGACUGUCCUCUGUGUGCUGGUGUCGUUGGUACUUAUUCUGCUGUAGAUUAGUUUUUAAUUUAAGGUGUUGUCAUUUAGUUGUGCUGUUUUCUGCAUGUUAAAUGUCCAGCAUGACUAUGCAUCGAUCUGUAGACAUCACAGUGUACUACUAUCUUUUCACAGAAUAAGUAAUAGUGGGAUUGGAUGAAAUACUCAGACUUCUUGCUUGCUCUGACCUCUCACUUUCUAAGCUCUUAAACAUGAUCACAUAUUUGUAACUUUUUUGAGUUUAAAUGCUUGAAUUUUUUUUACAGUUAAUUUCAUACAGGCUGCAAAAAAAAAGGGGGGAAAUUGGGGGCUGGUUAUUAAAAAAAUGAGAAAUGUUUACAAGAACUGAAACACACAGUGGAAUAGGUAGAUAAGGGUUUUUCGACUGGCCCAAGUGGCAUGUUUUUAUUCUUCUUUUCAGUGUUAAACCCAUCCUUUUUUCUUUGUAUGGUCACUCGGAACAUUACUGUGAGCAUUUUCCUACUGAUGUAAUAAAAUUCAUAAAACAUUUGACUUGAA